CAAGAAUUUAAUUGGCGAACAAAUAAACUUGAAUCAACACAAGAUGUAUUUCGUUGUUUUUUGGAAUAAAACGUCUGCAAUCGUACCUGCAUCAUGGGUAGAUUCAGAAUCUCGAACUUUUAAGUGGCCGAAAACAAAAAAUCCUACCUUACUCAUUAUUCGAGCUGAUAACCCUAAAGAUAAUUGGAUCACUUAUAAUUAUGUUCGACUCAGCGGUCCAUUUGAGGCAUAUGACGAAGCGCGUGAUUUCGAAUUAGAUGCCCUAAAUCUGUCUACAAAUGAUGAUGAAGGUUUUGCUGCUAUUAAAACAAAUAAAAAAUUAGAAAUGGUAGAGAAAGGAAAAAGAAACUGCAAUAAACCUUUACGCUAUUGUGAUACAGAAGACGAAUCGACGCCUAUGCAAAAAAAAACUAAAAGUAGAAAAAGGAAAAUAUCAUCGUCAAGUUCUUCUGAAAAUGAGGAUAGCAGAACAAAUAAUAUACGAAUGCCACCUGCCACGUAUGUGAGCCAUAAGGAUCAGCAACCACCACCAACAUUUAAAACUCCUAUAGCAUCUCAUCAUAGUACUAGUGAAAAUCAAGUCAAGAGUUCACAUUCAACUUAUAAAUCUAUGACCUCUUUUGACAAUACCGAUGAGAAUAAUACUGAUAAUGAUUUAGUUGGGAUUCCGCCUGCAAGUUUUUCACAAGAUCCUGAUUCUUUUUGGAAGGAUGGUGCUCAGUCUCCUCGUUUAAAUAAUGACACCGACAGUAUUGAUAUUCCGUUUAGAAUCAUCAGGGAUCACUCUCGGCAAUCAAGCAUUAGACAACCAUCUCCUCCCCCUAUUAAACCUCUUGCAGAACUUAAAGAUGAUGACCAGAUGUCUUUGCCUGGUUCAGAUACUCAUGGUCACGGCUGUUGUCGAAAAGUUUUAAGUGAACUAAAAAGCUUAAAAGCUUUGAUUUCGACGAUUUAUCUAACAAUAUCAGAUAAAAAUAAUAAUGCCAAUAAUGAUACUGUCAGAGAAACAGUAGAUUUUGGAUUGCCGAUCCAAACUCGAAGUCAGUUGGCAGCAUUUGAGAAUAAAAUUCAAAAUGUGGUCGCAUCUACUCAAUAUCGAGAAAAUAUUAAACAGCUUGGUGGUGCAAGUUUUGAAAAGCAUGUAAGGAACACAUUAGUGUUUACUGUUUCUGAUACAAUGGCAUAUAAAAUGAGUUGGACAGGUGUCAAAAAUACGAUUAAGAUCGACGGAUUAACAUUUAUAAAAUUGAUUAAAGAAACAAUUUUACAAAAGUGGAGUGCCUCUGAUAAAGAGAAAAUCGAAAAAGUAAUAAAAUCAUGGUUCCAGCAUGCUGGCGAUCGCCUUAAAUAAUUACUUGAGCUUAUUUAUAUUGGUUUGUAAUAGCGUCAUUAUUCAAAUAAACAAUAAUUAAACCUAUUUUCCAUGUCAA